CAAUCUGCAUUAUAAUAUUGUUCAUUUACUAAAAUGUCAGAUUGGGAAACAGAUGAAGAAACGGAUUUAAUUUGGGAUCAGUAUGGAACUACACUGGAACGAGAAACACCAAAAAAAUGGAAUAUUUAUCCAUGGGAGAAGAAUCUACGAGUGAUGAAUCGAGGGAAUCAAUUAAAAAAAUUUGAUGGAAAAUAUAAUCUUUCAGAACAGGCUAAUAUUCACAACGAUAGCAAACAAUUUGUUGAAAAAUUAAAAAUGUCAGAUGAUGAAAAAGAUUCCGUAAUUUCAACAUUAGAAGAAAUAAUUACAGCCUAUUGCAAACAAAAAAGACAACAAUACAAAUCUAAUAAUGGUUGGAUGAACUUGAUAGUUACAUUUAUACUAUUGAAACAACCUGCAGCAAUUAUUUACAAUUUAUUUGAAGCCAUACAAAGCCAAUAUAUUAUACGAGAUUAUUCUGUUGUUGAUAAAAUCUUGUAUCUUCUGCUAUUUUAUCAUGAUCCAGAAUUGGCACUUUUCCUUAAGCUGAAGGUAGUAUCCUUUGAGAAUUUUAGUAAAAAAUGGAUGAAAACAUUAUUUGCUGGAAGCUGCUCCCAUCAAGUUGUGACAUCAAUUUGGAGACAUUAUUUCAGUCGAGAAUUAAGAGAACCAGACCCAAUAUUUAUUCUAUUCUUAGUUAUUUCAAUUAUAAUUAAAAACAGAGAUAUAAUUCUAAAGAAAAAAAAUGAUGAAGAAGAUGAAGAAGUGAUAUUAACACCCUUCCUAUCAUCUCUUCCGAAUAAACUGAAACCAAAAGACGUAUCUCCACUUUGUUCUGCUGCUGAAGAAUUAAAAUUAAAAACUCCAACUUCAGCUCGAGAAGAAUUUUAUCAAAUUCUCUUUAGUGAUGCUAGUAUUGCAUCAAAAUUACCCGAGUUCCCGUGUUUAUAUGUUCUACCAUCAGAAGUGAAUAUUGAAACAGAUGAAACUUAUGCUCAUCAACCUCUUCAACCUAUCAAAUAUUUUGUCAUAGACUGUAGACCAGCUAAUCAAUUUGAGGCUGGUCAUUUACCAGGUGCUUACAAUUUAGAUUAUUCAUUACAUUACCGAAAUCCAUCACUCUUUGCUAGCUACGUUGAUGAAAUUGUUAAUUUGGGUGAAACAAAAAAAGUAGAAGAUCCAUAUGCUCGUGAAAUACAUUUGUGUUUUAUGGGAAGUGGAAAUGAAGAAAUCGAUGAAAUAGUUCUUUUAAUUGCUGCUUCAAUUAUAGAAGCACAUGUUAAACAUGUCAGUAUCCUUAAACUUGGUUAUGCAGGAGUCCAUGAUUGUUAUGAAGAUUUAAUAAGUUGUGAGCUGAUCGAUCAUGAUCAAAAAAGAUGUCCAAUUUGUAAAUCAAAAGUAGUCGAACCAAAUCUUCAACAAUCUGGUCAAAGAAAAACAAUAUUGAAAAGAAUUGGUUCGGUAUUGAAAUGUGUCAAAGGAGAACCAGAUGAAAAUGAUGAUGAAGAAGGAUAUUCUCUUGGUGUCGUGGAAUGUCCUAGAGAAAAAUUACAGUUUGAAAUUGUUUCUAUUGAGAAUUAUAAGAAGAAAUUAAAAAUUAUUUAUACCUAUGAAUGCAAGCAUAUGAAUGUUCAUAAGGAAGAACAAUAUAACAGCUUGCUUAUUCUCACGGAUUACAAUAUUAUAUUACUGCGAAUUGUUAAAAACCGUCCUCAUGCUGCUUACAUUACUAGCAUUCAUCGCUUUUCAUCUCUCUUAAAAAUAAGAGCUUCAAAAGAUGAUAUGAAUGUAUUGACUUUAGAAUAUGGGGAAAGAAUUGGCGACCAGGUCAAAAUUGAUGAAAAAUAUCGAAUCAGAGUUGAUAAUGGAGUUCAAAUUGCUGAAAUAGUAGAAAAUCAAGUCUAUGUAGAUGCCCGGAGAUUGAAAACUUCAUCAAGAGCUGGGCAAUGAAAAACAUUUAUAAUUAUUUCAUUAAUGUUGAAUGAUAAAUAUUCAUUACAUUGUUUUUAUGAUUAUUUUAUAUUAUUAUAUUUAUUAGAAUA